UAACUCAUCGAUCCUUCACUAAUAAGACAGGGUCUUAGCUUUCUUAGAGUGUGUUUCCCAACUACAUUGUCUCCAAUCCCUCUUCCUUGUUAACAGAAAAAUGGGUUACUCCAAGACUUUUCUUCUCCUUGGUCUUGUCUUCGCUGUUGUGCUUCUCAUCUCCUCCGAUGUCUUGGCUCGUGAGCUAGCUGAGGUCGCUCAAACCCAGGAAAAUGUCCAAACUGACGCUGUGGAGGAGGCCAAGCAUGGUGACCAUAAGCACGGGCAUGGACACGGGCAUGGACAUGGUCACCACGGCCAUGGACAUGGACAUGGACAUGGUCAUGGUCAUCCAGGACACGGUACUGCUGGCGAGACAGAAACCGAAUAAAAUUAGACAAAUCCAUCGUCUUAUACAUGCAGUCUGUUUGAUCAAUGUGUCUAAGUAAUAUGUAGCUUAUCUAAGUUUGUAUGCCAAUAAGGUCGAACUGCAGGUUGUGUAGCUUAUCAACUCCCAACCAUAGUAGCAGGUUGUACUUUUUUCAUGUGUCUUCAGCAGCUUCUGCUUUUUUUUGUAUUGCAACUAUUGUGCUUGAAGAUGUUAAAUCUCCACUGUAAUGUCAGGAUGUCUUGCAUUUCUCUACCUA